AUGGACACUCUAGAGGACACCUUUAGGUCUCUCUCCAUCGCUAGGAGGCUGCAGCCCAGUGAGGCCAUGUACAUUCUGGACCUCUCUAUUGCGUCCUGUGCCAGCGGUGUGUCAGAUGUGCUGGCUGUGUGCUGCUCCAAUCACUCUGUGCACCUGCACAGCAGAGAGACGCUCCGCCUGGUGGGUGAGUUGCAGGGUCACACAGCUCCUGUGUGUGGGGUGCUUUUCUCUCAUCUCUCCCCUCACCUGCUGUUCACCGGCUCUGCUGAUGGGACAAUGCGGUGCUGGGACAUCCGGCGGCCCGGUUCUGAUGCCUCCCAGGUGUUCCGCAGCGAUUCGACACAUUCGUACUGCUCGUUUGAUGUGAGCUGUAGUGAUCGUGUGCUGUGUGCAGGCACGGAGCAGGUGGAGGAGGACAGUUUUUUGGUAUUCUGGGAUGCCCGUAUGCUUCAGGACAGAGGUGAGACAGGCUCUGAGAUGGGCCGUCUGCUGGGCGUUUACUCCGAGUCACACAGUGAUGAUAUCACUACGGUGAAGUUCCACCCACGGCAGGCAGAUCGGUUGGCUUCAGGAGCCACAGAUGGGCUUGUGAACGUGUUCGAUCUGAGUCUGGGUGGCGAGGAUGAUGCUCUUGUCACAACCUGUAACUGCAAUUCUUCUGCAAGCUCCCUCUGCUGGACAGGCAAAGAUCUUGACCAGCUGCUUUGUCUGACCCAUGAUGAAGGGCUAAACCUGUGGGAUGUGGCUCGCCCAGACAGCGAUGACACUUUGACACUUCUGAGUUCGGCUGAUGCUCAGCCACUUGUCCAGCUCCCCAAUGGAGCGUCGCUUGAGUACUUUGUGGGCGGUACAUGGCUAUCAGACGAGGAGCGUAUUCUUUUAGUGGGAGGGAGUAAUCAUGGAGAGCUCCACCUCCUGGACUGCAGUGGGUGUGGUCUGAGGUUCAUUAAAUCCCUCAAAGGGGGUCAUUCAGCUACAGUGAGAUGCUUCCAGUGGGAUGCGAUCGGUCGGUCUCUGUUGACGGGCGGGGAGGAUGGCCAGUUGUUGCAGUGGAAAGCGGGAGCGGAGGAAAUCAGUGUGGGGAAGAAAGAUUCUCUGAAAAGCAUUUCCUCCACACAGCUCAAAACUAAAGCUCACAGAAAACAAGCUACACAGAAAGGCCGGUCCAAACUAACAUGAUCAUAUGCAUGGGAGAAACUCAGAUUUUACCAAGAGACAGUUGACACUGAAACAAAUUGGUUAUUUGACAAAAAUCUCAGAGAAAUUGUAAAGUGCACUAAGCUACUUUGCUUUGAUGCCUUUGUUUUCACAAAUAUAAGGAUAAUAGAUAAAGAUAUGCUAUAUGGAGACUAAAUUUGAAUCUUCCGCCUUAUAAAACAAAACAAUCAAUACGGUCUCUUUGAAUUUAAA